AUUGUCAUUCCUUCACCCCAAUCGACCUCGACAGGGGACCAAGGAGGUCCAUAAUCCAGGGGGGUUCUACUCGAAUCGAAGAAGCCUGGCCGAAGUAUCAAGCCCUCAUCGUCUGUUUCGUGCAUCUCACAACACUCUGUGAUCUGUCCUCCCGAUCUCAAGAGAGUCUGUAUCUCGGCCCAGAUUUCACCUUUGCCCCCCUCCACCUCUCGCUACAUACAAUCAUGAAGAUACCAUCGGAUAGACGCACGUCGGACACUCACUACUCCCCUUAUCCAUCCUCUUCCUCACACUCUGACCAUCAGUUCCAUCCACCGCCCGUUCCGCCCAACCGCAAAUCUAAUGGAACCGCCAAUGGUUCUUCCAGUGGAGGUCGGAAAUCCGGUACCUCGUCACCUUCGAAAGCUCGAUCGAGUGAAGAUCCCGGAACACAGUACAAAGUCGCGAGGGCCAUCUCAUCUUGUACACGAUGUCGAAGUAGGAAACAAAAAUGUGAUGGGAAACUUCCCGCUUGUACUGCUUGUGAACGCGCAAACGUAGAGUGUAUCGGAUUCGAUGCCAUCAGCAAGACGAAUAUUUCGAGAAACUACCUACAUUCCCUCGAACAAGAGGUCGCUUCACUUCGGGCUCAAGUUGCUGCACUGACUGACGAGAGACACGAUACCAUUGGUCAAGUCAAACGUGGGAUCGCUGCCAAUGCCUCUCAAGCCAUUUCCACAUUCGCUCCUCCAAUCCUGCACAUCGAUCCCACCGCGUCGUCUCAUUCAGACAUGUCGGAGCCUUUACGAUCACCUUGGGAUUCGCCAGGUUUCGCCGGUGGACGGAGACAUUCUGAAUACGGUCCUCCACCACCAGGACGUAGUGUCGGUGGCAAUAGCGGAGGUGACUCACCCAGAUCUCCAUUCUUCAACAAUCGUCUUCCGCCAAUGAUGCAAUCGUCCGCCACGUCUCUCACGCGUAUGGUUCACGAUGCAGCGUACAGAACGGGUCAUGCAUUGAACUCUGUCAACGCUCUGCAAGGGACCAGUGUCGCUGGAUCGGAAAAAAGUAUCGAUUCACCUGCAGCCAAUCACGACAUGGAAGGCCCUUCUCCUGGUGGUAUCAAGCGACACCCAUCAGCUUCACCUAUGGCGACAUCCUCUUCAAUACCUGGGAGUGGGAAAAUGGCCAAGAAACGAGCUUUUGCUAUUCCUCCUCUCCCGCCACAGCCUGCUGUUGAGCGAUUGGUCGCGGCUUAUGUCGAUUUCGUCGGCGUGACUGCGCCAAUCAUUCAUAUUCCGACAUUGGGCAAGCAGAUCAUCAGGAUGAGAGAAGGCCGAGAUGUCGAAGAGAGCGAUGUGUUUGUGGUCAUGAUGGUGUUGGCACUGAGUACAAUGGCAUCGUCUCGAUUUGUCGAGCCUCCUGAUGAGCUUCGAGCAUGCUCUGAAGCGUUCCACGCCGAGGCCAUGAAACAUCUGGAUGCGGUAUUUGAGGAACAGACUUAUGUCGGCCUCCAGGCGAUCCUCCUGCUCGUAUGGUAUUCCCUUCUCAACCCGGACAAGGGCUCCAUCUGGUUCCUCGUUGGUCUAGCUUGUCGGACGUGCGUCGACCUAGGUUUUCACAACGAGCGUAAUGCUCAAAAGGAACAACUCGACAAUUUAGAGGUGGAUAUGCGCCGAAGAUUGUUUUGGUGUGUUUACAAGAUGGAUCGCCUGCUCUCUACGUCUCUCGGACGUCCCGUGACCAUCCCGGAUGGGUUUAUCAACGUCGAGUACCCAUCAGCUUUGCACGACGUGGACAUUCACGCUGGCAGCUACGACGCUCCUCCUGCCGACAUUGACACGUGUGCCUACAAGACAGUAUUCCUCCACACUUGCCGUCUGCGCCAGAUGCAGUCGAGGAUUCUCUAUCACACGUAUGGCAUCUACUUGCAUGAAGCCAAGCGUGCGGGACCGUCGCAAGAAUGGUUCGACGACAUGUUUGAUCGGCUUAAGCAGUGGCUAGCGACGACUCCGGAACCUAGGGGCGCGGUAUCGUCGGAAGGCUUUGCGAUUUCCUUCCACAAUUCUGUGCUGUUGCUGUUCAGACCAUCUCCGGGCAAUCCGCGUCCUGGCAAAAAGGCCCUACAAACUGUUCUAGCCAGUUCGAGCUACAUCAUCCGUAUCUACCGACGGAUGCAGCUGAACAAUCGUAUCAGCUGGCUCUGGAUGACGAGCCAUUACUCGUUCAUGGCGGGAAUCUCCUUCUUGUAUGCCUUUUUCAAUCUCUACAGUAUGGGCGACGGCGAAGGCGUACCUACGCUCGAUGAGGCGCAACUAGACCUUGAAUCGUGUCAAGCCGUCUUGGCGUACUUGGCUCCCCGAGUUCCAUCAGCUGGCGCAUGCCACGACACGAUGCAGACUCUGUCUAAAGCCAUCCUCGACCAGCUCGCGGCUAGUGAUCCGCCUCAAAAUACUGCCCCAUCUCCUGGACGCAUCCGGUCAUCCGCUCCUGUCUCGUCCUCUCGACACGAUCCACAUCCGAGUGAUCGUUUCCCUGCCCCUCUGCCUCAAGUGCAAUUACCUUACGAGCUGUCACUUCUCGACAAUGUAUUCAUCAACCCCAUGGCGGCGCACAACAAGGCGUCAGAUUAUACCAACGGUAAAGCUCGGUGUAAGAAAAUGAAGGAGCAAAAGCGACUCGCGGAAGAAGCCCUUCACCAUGAGUCAUCCAAAUACAAUCUUUCAGCACCAAAUUUCGAGAAUCCCCCUCAAGGCUUUCCUCCAGGUGCAUUCGGAGGUAACAUCGAUGCAAGUGCUGCGUCAGCAGCAGUAGGUGGAGGAGGCGGAGGCGGCGGGGGAGGAGGCAACGGACAAAUGCUUCACCAUUACGCCAUGGCCGCUCAAGUCAAUUCAUCAUCGAACCCCUCCUCCUUCAUCUUGCCUCAGACGAGUCCGGCGAACCCUAUUCCCGGGUUCAAGAUGGAACCUGGAAUCGCCAUGGCAACGGGUGGUCUAGGCCCAUUCACAAUGCCUCGUAACGAUGAGAUGGAUGGUCCGAGUCUCGGUGGAGAAGUGAACAAUUUUGAUAUUCUGAACUUUUUGAUGGAUGAAGAGGGUGGUCUGGGAGGUACGACGACCUGGGAUGCUUCGGAUAUCCCUGCAGAUUUUUCUCUCUGGACAUAGAUGUAGACAUGUAUGUUGUGA